AUGCCUAACGUUGAUUUCUCAAACCUUGCACAAACUGCUGUAUCCGAGGACCCUACCAGAGACAUGAAGACAGUGGAUGCCUCUUCUAUCAUUGCUAAAGUGGACGAAGUCCCCCGUCGUGAUCCUACUUUCCGGUCGUUUCUUAAUAAUGGAGUAGAUGAACUAACUCCUGCUCCCAAGAAAGACUCGUCGUCGAUCUCUCUAUCAGACCAGUGGGCGGGAUCCAUUCAUAGUAUGACAAAAUUGACUGAUUUGAAUGAUAACGGAGGAUCUACAACUCUUCAGAAAUCCCACUCUGCUUUGUCCAACUUCUCGUUGACCUCCGCGGACGGUAAAAGAUGCAAGAAGGCAAUCAUCGACCAUCCGAGAGUGGCAUCGUAUGCUUUUGCCUUUGAUAUCGAUGGUGUCAUCUUGAACGGUCCUCAGACCAUUCCUUAUGCUCGCGAGGCUGUGCGUAUGCUCAACGGUAACAAUAAGUACCAUAUUCUGGUCCCUUAUAUCUUUGUCACCAAUGGAGGGGGUCGACCUGAAGCUGCUCGAGCCCAAGAUCUCUCUAAACGGUUGGGAACUCAUAUCUCCACUGACCAGAUCAUUCAGGGACAUACACCAAUGAAAGGAUUGGCUGGAACAUAUGAAAAUGUCUUAGUUGUAGGUGGAGUUAGCGAUACAUGCCGGGGAAUUGCCGAAGGUUAUGGCUUCAAGAAUGUCUACAUACCGUUGGAUAUUAUGUACUGGAACCCGUCCGUUUCUCCGUAUUAUCAGCUCAGUGAGGAGGAUAAGAAGGUGUGCAAAAAGAAUCUAGAUUUCUCAAAGAUCAAGAUCGAUGCCAUAUUAGUGUUUGCAGACUCCCGUAAUUGGGCUGCAGACCAACAGAUUAUCUUGGAGCUACUUAUGAGUGAUGGUGGAUACAUGGGUACGGUCUCCAAGACCUAUACGGGGGGGCCCGGUAUAUACUUUGCUCACUCAGAUUUCAUCUGGUCUACAGAUUACAAGUUGAGUCGAUAUGGAAUGGGUGCUUUGCAGGUUUCUAUCGCUGCUCUAUACAAAGAGACCACUGGGAGCGACUUGAAGGUAACUCGUUUUGGAAAACCUCAGCGUGGAACCUUCCGCUACGCAGAGAAGAUACUUUCCAAAUGGCGUGAAGAUGUUCUUGAAGAGUAUGUUGAAGUUCUGGCGGAAGAAAACGAAGAAAAAAACGCCGGUUCUGUUAUGGACGAUGAAGAAGAGUUGACUCGAAAAGUGAUUCGGGGUGUUCAUAAGGCUUCAGAAAACGUUCACCAGCUAUUUGAUGACAGUGAAUCGGACGAAGAAGAAGAUGAUGAUGAUGAUAACAAUUCCUACGAAGGACUAACGUUUCAGAAUUUGUCCAUACAUAAGCAUCAAAUUCCAAGGGCUUCUACUGUCUACUUUGUGGGUGACACUCCAGAUUCGGAUAUUCUUUUUUCGAAUGCUCACGAUGAGUCAUGGUUCUCUAUCCUUGUUAAAACAGGUGUCUAUAAGGAAGGAACUGUGCCUAAGUAUAAGCCAAAGAAGAUUUGCGAUAAUGUUUUAGAAGCUGUCAAGUUUGCCAUUACAAGAGAGGCCACAAUGGAGCUUGAAGAGUGGAAUUCGGAGUCUGCAGAUUAA